CGCUGAUCAUAUAGUGAUUGCCGAAAUGAAAGUGAAAACUUUUCUUUGACUUGAAAAUUACAACAUGAUUCAGCUGAAGCAAAUCUUUCGGAAUAUUCGGAAAAUAUGAAACAUGAACAUUUUCGCCAUCCUCUGUUUUAUUUUACAUACAGGUGUGCAGGGAUUCCUACAGGAGCAAUGGUUGCCCUGUCGACUGUGGGAUGUGCAUGUAUGGAAAAAAAACGAUGGACAAACAGAAAGUAAAUACGUUCAAAAAGACGUUGUGUUGCAGUUUGCCAGCUCUGGGGACAGCGCCCUCUACCCUGACUCAAUCACUUUCCUUGUUGGAGCAUCUAAGGUCGACAUGAGGAAGUAUGUGGAAGGUCCGGUGGAUCAGCUGAGGUGUGAAAUCCACAGAUACAGCAAAGGGAUGAGUCGUGUUCGCUGGCCCAGCCUGGGAGGGACGGAGCAUGACAUCUGGUUCACCUGUACACUGCGUCACAUCGCGGGCCUCUUUAACAUCACCUCCUACCUCAGAGUCACUCCAGCCACCACCAUGUCUCCCCACCAGCCAGACUUCCACAGCUGGGUCACACUGGCGGGCAAAGACAAGCUAAGAGCCUCAGCUGUGAUGGUGCUCAUGACCCGCUCUCCAUCCGUGUGGGUGGGCCUGCAGGAGAAGCAGACCCUGCACUGUAAGUUUGCCGUGGACCACGAGGUAUCUGACCUUACAGUGGAGUGGCAUCUAGACCCAUUCCGCGGGCGCCGGACCAGGCUAUUCCGCUACUCCAGACGCUCUGGCCAGACUGAGGGCAGUGGGGUGGCAGUGAAUGGCAUUGCCAGGGGGACCGCCUCGCUGACUGUGCCCCUCACUGGGAGGAGCAGUGAAGGGACGUACUGGUGUUCGGUCCAAGUACCCCCACUCAUUGGGAGUUUGGCCAUUGGUUUGCACAUCAUGGUGCCUCCCAGUGUUUCCAUGACCAUAGAGCAGAGCCUGAUCCCCAGGGUGGUGUGUAAGGCCGACCGCUAUUAUCCCAUGGAACCCCAGGAUGUGGAUAUUGAACUUUUCAAGGAGACCGGUAAUGGUGAACGUCCUAAGAAACUGGAGAACGUCACUCACUUGAGUCACAUCACUCACCCUGACGACGGUACCAUCACUCUGUCAGCUUAUGUCUUGCUGCGGCCCUCCCCUCUUGAGUCGGGGUGUGGAAUAUAUUCCUGUAGAGUGAAACACGUCUCCCUGCAAGGCCUGUACAUCCACAAGACAAUUACUGAGACAGGUUGCUUUACUUGGAUUCACCUGACUUCACCUGGAUUGAUGUGCCUUUUUGCUGUGAUAAUAAUGUUCAUAGCAAUGGCAACACGGCGUUCUGUUUGCAAGUCACGAACACGAUGAAAGUGAAAUAAGAUGACUCCAUACCCCCUCCACACUUUUGCAGCUCAGUUCCUCAUUUGGACAUUUUGGUGUGUAGUAUUGUGUUAUUGCUAUUUUUUUAAUAUUUUAUUAUUUGAAUAGUUAGUACACUUUCAGUGGUCUCGGGUUUAAAAAAAAUUAUAUACUUAGUGGUGUGUGUUAUUCUGGGAAUUCAACUUGUAAGAAUGAGAAAUUCAUGUUUUUUAUUUUUGUAAGAAUGAGCAAUUCAUCUCUUUUUGUAAAAUAAAUACAUCUUCAAUCAACACAUGCAGCUAUAAAAACACAGAGCUUACAGACUGCAGUAGGUUGUCUUAUACUUUUUAAUUGAAUAAAAAUAUUUGUAUUA